UCUUCGUAUUCCAUAACCAGUAAACUUCUUAGUGUUAUUAUUCCUUCAGUUUUGAUUCCGUUUCUCUCGAUCAAUCGUCGCCGAGAUGCCAACUGACACGUCAUCAUUUUCCGGUGAAACCGUCUGCGUGACCGGCGCCGGCGGGUACAUAGCUUCUUGGCUUGUGAAAGUUCUGUUAAAGGAAGGGUACACUGUGAGAGGAACCGUUCGAAACCCAGAGGAUCCGAAGAAUGGUCAUUUGAAGAAGUUGGAAGGAGCGAAGGAAAGACUCACUCUGUAUAAAGUUGAUCUCUUUGAUAUUGAUUCCAUUAAAGCUGCUUUUCACGGUUGCCACGGCGUGUUCCACACCGCUUCUCCGGUCACCGACAACCCCGAAGAGAUGGUGGAGCCGGCAGUGAAUGGAACGAAGAAUGUGAUAACAGUAGCUGCAGAAGCAAAAGUGCGGCGGGUGGUGUUCACUUCGUCAAUUGGCACGGUGUAUAUGAACCCUAACACGAGUAGGGAUGUGGUGGUUGAUGAAUCAUUCUGGAGUGAUUUGGAGUACUGCAAGAACACCAAGAAUUGGUACUGCUAUGGGAAGACGGUGGCUGAACAAUCAGCAUGGGAUAUAGCUAAAGAAAGAGGGGUGGAUUUGGUUGUGGUGAACCCAGUUGUGGUUAUUGGUCCAUUGCUUCAACCUACCAUUAAUGCUAGCACAAUUCACAUCCUGAAGUACCUUACUGGCUCUGCUAAGACCUAUGUAAAUGCCACACAGUCUUAUGUACAUGUUAAGGAUGUGGCACUAGCCCAUGUUCUUGUGUAUGAGACUCCUUCAGCUUCUGGUCGAUACAUAUGUGCCGAAAGUUCACUGCAUCGUGGUGAUCUCGUUGAAAUUUUGGCCAAGUUUUUCCCAGAGUACCCAAUUCCCACCAAAUGUUCAGAUGAAAAGAACCCGAGAGUAAAACCUUAUAUGUUUUCAAGCCAAAAGCUGAAAGAUUUGGGAAUGGAAUUCACCCCAGUGAAGCAGAGUCUAUAUGACACAGUUAAAAAUCUGCAAGACAAUGGCCACCUUCCUGUGCUCCCAAAGCAGGAAAACUCCUAUUGAAGUUAAAUCCUAACUAGCUAGGUUGCAAUACAUUAACAAGCUUAAAGUAGUUAUUAUUAAAUGAAUCUGUGUUGAGUUAAUUAUAUAAGAUCCUGAGAA